AUAAAAAUGCGUACCGUUUGGUGAAAAGGUGCGAUGCAGCUGAUCAUGGUCUAUCUAACGGAGUUUGCGUGUAGGUGAAACCAGCUCCAGAGCAGUGCGUAAAGGGGGAGAGAGAUGAGUGAGUUACAAAACGAAGAGUGAAUAAGCCAUUUCGCCAUUAUCACUCUCUCGCAAAAAGCAAUGAAGCUCUAGGUUUGCAUUUUAGGAGUAGCUGAAUCAUAUGAGGCGGAUGGUCUUGUGCUCAUUACUUCAACUUUUGUUGACAAAUCUGCCUUCGUGAAUCUGUUAAGAUUGAAGAAUAGAUUUGCAUAGAUUACUUGUCUGGCAGAAGGAUUCAAAAUGAGUUGGAACCCACACAUGGAUGUCCAUUACAAUAGCAUUAGUUAUCCCUAUAAUACAGCAGGAAGCUUUAUCGAAUAUUUUGAAGGUCUUACCUAUGAACAUGUCAACUUCAUUUUUUCUGGUGCAUCACAUGCUCAGGAGAGUUCAUACCCUUCAAAUUCAAGCUUUUACAAGUUUGGACUAUCUGAACCUGAUAAUUCAUCAUACUAUCGUUACAGUCAUGGUUAUGAGGUAAAUCAUCACGAACCACUGGUGGAUGAGUAUAGGAGACCUUCAGAGAACUCAUUGACAAUCAACGAACAGACAGCAGCAGUAAACACAGAAUGGGUUGAAGGUGGCAACACUGACACACGAGACAAUUCUAUUGAAUGUCCUCGAAGACAUCACAGUAAUUCAAGUGAUUAUCAGGUCAUUUGGCAAGACAAUAUUGAUCCCGACAACAUGACCUAUGAGGAACUACUUGAAUUAGGUGAAGCUGUCGGAACUCAGAGCCGUGGUCUCACCCAAGAACAGAUCUCCUCACUCCCAGUGUCGAAGUUCAAAUGUGGGUUCUUCUUGAGGAAGAAGUCUCGGGGUGAGAGAUGUGUGAUUUGCCAGAUGGAAUAUAAAAGAGGGGACAAGCGUAUCACCUUGCCAUGUAAACAUCUUUAUCACGCUAGUUGUGGGAACAGAUGGCUCAGCAUCAAUAAGGCUUGCCCAAUAUGUUACACAGAAGUGUUUGCCGACAAGUCAAAGCACAAAUAAUCUAGCAGCGGAUAAGUGACCUGCAUAUGUUUCUGUUUUUCCUUUAAUGUGGAGGUCUUUCAUAGAAAUACAUUUUUAUUUGUUUUUACCUUUUCUUAGUGAGGUAAGUAAGCCCUGGGUUUUAGAAAAAUUAUUACAGAGAGAAUCCUAAAGUGUUAUAAAAGAAUAUGAGUGAACAUGUAUCAAUUAUCAUGGUUGUACUGAAGAGGUUGGAUUACGGUAUGUUUUCAUAAUGUUUAAUACAGUGUGCUAUGAUUUCACAUAA